GGCUCGCGGGGGGCCGUGUGACCCGGAAGUGUUCCCAUUUUGCGUCGUCGGGGCUCCGCGGCGGCCGGGCUCCAGGCGUACGUACCACAAUGGGGUCCUCAAAGAAGCACCGCGGAGAAAAAGAGGCAGCCGGAACUACUGCUGCGGCCAGCACCGGGAGCUCCGCUGAGCAGGCGCCGCGGCAUCGGGAGCACAAAAAACACAAGCAUCGGAGUGGCGGCGGCGGGGGCAGCGGCGGUGAACGACGGAAGCGGAGCCGGGAACGGGGGAGCGAACGCGGGAGUGGGCGGCGAGGGGCAGAAGCCGAAGCCCGUAGCGGCGCGCACGGGCGAGAACGCAGCCAGGCCGAGCCCUCCGAGCGGCGAGUGAAGCGGGAAAAACGCGAUGAUGGCUACGAGGCCGCUGCUGGUUCCAAAGCUGGCUCAGGAGAUGCCUCAUCACUCAGCAUUGAGGAGACCAAUAAACUCCGGGCAAAGUUGGGGCUGAAACCCUUAGAAGUCAGUGCUGUCAAGAAAGAGGCGGGCACCAAAGAGGAGCCCGUGGCCGCUGAUGUCAUCAACCCCAUGGCCUUGCGACAGCGAGAGGAGCUUCGGGAGAAACUGGCAGCUGCCAAGGAAAAGCGGCUGUUGAACCAGAAGUUAGGGAAGAUAAAGACACUGGGGGAGGAUGACCCCUGGCUGGAUGACACUGCAGCGUGGAUCGAGAGGAGCCGGCAGCUGCAGAAGGAGAAAGAUUUGGCAGAGAAGAGGGCCAAGCUGCUGGAAGAGAUGGAUCAAGAGUUUGGUGUCAGCACUCUGGUGGAGGAGGAAUUUGAGCAGAGGCGGCAGGACCUAUACAGUGCCCGCGACCUUCAGGGCCUCACUGUGGAACAUGCCAUAGAGUCCUUCCGAGAGGGGGAGACUGUGAUCCUCACCCUGAAGGACAAAGGCGUGCUGCAGGAAGAGGAGGAUGUGCUGGUGAAUGUGAACCUGGUAGAUAAGGAGCGAGCAGAGAAGAAUGUGGAGCUGCGGAAGAAAAAGCCCGACUACCUGCCCUAUGCAGAAGAUGAGAGCGUGGAUGACCUGGCACAGCAAAAACCUCGCUCUAUACUGGCCAAGUAUGAUGAGGAGCUAGAGGGUGAGCGACCACACUCCUUCCGGCUGGAGCAGGGUGGCACAGCUGAUGGCCUACGGGAACGAGAGCUGGAAGAGAUCCGGACCAAGCUGCGGUUGCAGGCACAGUCCCUGAGCUCAGUGGGACCCAGGUUGGCCUCUGAGUACCUCACACCUGAGGAGAUGGUGACCUUUAAAAAGACCAAACGGAGAGUGAAGAAAAUCCGUAAGAAGGAAAAGGAGGUAGUUAUGCGGGCAGAUGAUUUGCUGCCCCUUGGGGACCAGACUCAAGAUGGGGACUUUGGUUCAAGGCUGCGGGGCCGGGGUCGACGCCGAGUGCCAGAGGUAGAGGAGGCUGACCCGGAGGAUGUCGAGAAGGAGUCUGUGCCGCAGCCCCUGCCUUCAGAUGACACCCGUGUGGAGAACAUGGACAUCAGUGAUGAGGAGGAUGGGGGAGCUCUGCCCUCAGGGUCCCCUGAGGCACUGGAGGAGGAUGAGGCAGAGCUGGAGUUGCAGAAGCAGCUGGAGAAGGGGCGGCGGCUACGGCAGCUGCAGCAAUUGCAGCAGCUUCGCGACAGUGGUGAGAAGGUGGUGGAGAUUGUGAAGAAGUUGGAGUCCCGUCAGCGGGGCUGGGAGGAGGAGGAAGAUCCUGAGCGGAAGGGGGCCAUUGUGUUCAAUGCCACCUCAGAGUUCUGCCGCACCUUGGGGGAGAUCCCCACCUACGGGCUGGCUGGCAACCGGGAGGAACAAGAGGAGCUCAUGGACUUUGAACGGGACGAAGAGCGCUCAGCCAAUGGUGGCUCUGAGUCAGAUGGGGAAGAGAACAUUGGCUGGAGCACUGUGAACCUGGAUGAGGAGAAGCAGCAGCAGGAUUUCUCUGCCUCCUCCACCACCAUCCUGGAUGAGGAGCCCAUUGUGAACAGAGGGCUGGCUGCUGCCCUGCUGCUGUGCCAGAACAAAGGUCUGCUGGAGACUACAGUGCAGAAGGUGGCUCGGGUGAAGGCCCCCAACAAGUCUCUGCCCUCAGCGGUGUACUGCAUUGAAGACAAGAUGGCCAUUGAUGACAAGUACAGCAGGAGAGAAGAGUACCGUGGCUUCACCCAGGACUUCAAAGAAAAGGAUGGCUACAAGCCUGAUGUUAAGAUCGAGUAUGUGGAUGAGACAGGCCGGAAACUCACACCCAAGGAGGCAUUCCGACAGCUGUCCCACCGCUUCCAUGGGAAGGGCUCAGGCAAAAUGAAGACAGAGCGGCGGAUGAAGAAGCUGGACGAGGAGGCGCUUCUGAAGAAGAUGAGCUCCAGCGACACACCUCUAGGCACAGUGGCUCUGCUCCAGGAGAAGCAGAAGGCCCAGAAGACUCCAUACAUUGUGCUCAGUGGCAGCGGCAAAAGCAUGAAUGCGAACACCAUCACCAAGUGAACCAGUCAACCUUUGGUCUCCUCUCCACCUUAAUGUUAAAUAAACCUCCCUCGUUUUUUCCUCCUGGUCAUGGUGCAGACUCUAGGGCUAGACCUGGGAGGAGGGGAGACGCUGCCCUCAAGCAGGCUGGUCCUCAUGCUCCCAGCGAGCUGUGUGACCCUGGGCAUGUUCCUGAGCCUUGGUUCUGCAAUUUGUACAGUACACACCCACAUUUUGUAGGAUGGGUGAGAGCUCAGUGAGCUCCCCUCGUUUAGUCAGUCAUCCACCUAGAAUUCAGAGCUGAGCAAGAUGGGACAGAUCCCUGAAGUUGAGUGGCUUAGAGUCUGGCCCCUAUUGAAUGAUCUCUGUGACUUGAGUACCUGAGCAAAGAUAAAAGAAGAGGGCAAGAGAAGUGGCUUUGUUCCCUCUUCCACCCUUGUGCCACAGCACAGGGCCUGCUGUGGAAGUGCUGUUUUGCCUUCUUGGGCCAGGUUUCUGAGGUGAAGUAUGGGAUGUUAUUGGAGACUUGGUCCUGAGGUGUCCAAGGCUGCAUGGGACACUACCCUGCUAUCUUCCCUAGUUCAAUAUUCACAUAUGACUGGGAUAAUCAGCCUGGCACAGCAGGGACUGGUUCCUGUCUAGGGAUAGGGUACCUCUCCUGUCUUGGCUCUUGUACUGCCUGGGCCUGUGCCAGUGCCAGUGCCCUGGGCUUCAUUUUACCCAAACCGGGCUGGGUAUCCUCACAGCGAGCUGUCUCGAGAGGUCAGAACCAGAUGCCCUGGUGGCAUACAGCUGUAGUAGCCAAGGAAGGAUCCCUUGAGGAGCUCAGGGAAGCCAGGCCCUUGGAAAGACAGGAGACAAGAGCCCGCCUUUAUGUAUGAGCCCCCAGGUACUUUCUAGAUGGGUCACAAAUUUUAAGAUGAAAGAAUGAGUCUCAAAAAUAAAUAAAAAAUUUU